AUGUCUGCAAUGGAACUUCCAGAUAUACGUCUAUAUUCUAAUAAAUCUAAUACAAGAUAAAGUAAGAAGAGUGAUUACGAAAAAUAUCGAAAGUUAGCUGUGAUUAAGUCUGUUGAUAAAUUAAUAAAAAAAAAAUGA